AAACACAAAACAAAAAGGUCUACGAAUCUCUUCUUCUAUACUCUCUCUCUCUCUCUCUCUCUCUCUCUUUAGUCUUGUGCGUAUCUCUCUCAAAUCCUCUGAUCAGAUUCAAUGGCGAAGGAAUUGGCUGAUAAAGCUACAGAAGCUUUUCUAGAUGAUGACUUCGAUGUUGCUGUUGACUUAUACUCCAAAGCCAUUGACUUGGAUCCCAAUUGCGCCGCCUUCUUCGCCGAUCGUGCUCAAGCCUACAUCAAACUCAAUAGCUUCACUGAAGCUGUUGGAGAUGCGAACAAAGCCAUUGCGUUGACAUGAGUUUUACCAGAAGCCAGAGGAAGCGGUUGUGACAAUAUUUGCUAAAGGAAUACCAAAGGAGAAAGUAACUGUCGAGUUUGGUGAGCAGAUUCUGAGUGUUGUAAUUGAUGUUGCUGGUGAGGAAGCUUAUCAUCUUCAGCCGAGAUUAUUCGGGAAGAUCAUCCCAGAGAAGUGCAGAUACGAAGUAUUGUCAACCAAAGUUGAGAUCCGUCUUGCAAAAGCAGAGAUAAUCACGUGGGCUUCCCUUGAAUAUGGCAAAGGGCAAGGUGUUCUGCCCAAACCCAAUGUCUCAUCAGCAGUGGCGCAGAGACCAGUGUACCCAUCUUCUAAGCCAGCAAAAGACUGGGACAAGCUGGAAGCUGAAGUGAAGAAACAGGAGAAGGAUGAGAAGCUUGAUGGAGAUGCAGCUAUGAACAAAUUUUUCAGCGACAUAUACUCAAGUGCGGAUGAGGACAUGAGGCGAGCCAUGAACAAAUCAUUUGCUGAGUCGAACGGGACGGUACUGUCGACAAACUGGAAAGAAGUUGGGACUAAGAAAGUGGAAAGCACUCCACCAGAUGGCAUGGAGCUCAAGAAGUGGGAGUAUUGAUCUUUUUAUAAUCUUCUUUUCUAGUUUUUGUCAAAAAAAUUAUGACAAAUCUUUUGAACUGUUAAGGUUUCUUUUGUCUUUUGCUUGAAUUUGUCGCUCCAUUCUUGCGUUGUGGUCUCAAAGAACGUUCCCAUACUUUGAAUUUGUAUUAGAAAACUAAUCUCGCAAGUUUGUUGUAUUGGUACAUUUUUCUUUCA